AUGCAGGGCCCUCCCACCAACUUCAGAAAGGAAGAAUUGCCUGCCUUCUUCUCCGAUGCCGAGUCAGUCUUAUCGCCCACGCAUAAACUCCUGGAGCGACCGAGUCUGACCAAUCUGUCACAGCACCCUGACGUCUCGAGUCAGCCGCGAGCCGACGCCGGAGGAGCCGGAGAAGAAUGGCACUGUCGAAACCGUCGAGUGUCCGCUCUCAGCGAAGGAGAGAAUUCAACAACACGUCCGAAGGAUGAGCAUAAAGCUGUCUCCGCCAGCAUCCGAGAGUGCAUGAAGCCGUCUCGUUGGUCUUGGCCGAAUUGA